GGACAUCCAUUCCACUCCAUCCACACAUCUGGAAGAGUGCAGUGGAGUAAGUAAAUGGCAGCAGGCCAGAAAGGGCACAAGAACCCACACCACACCUGCUUUGCUUCUUCUUCUCGGUUACUACCCAAACAGUCAGGACAAAGGCAUUGGAUUCGGUGAGCAGCAAUAUACUAGUACUCCUCCUGCUCCUUUGAUUGUACCCUGCCCAAAGUGUGAAGGGGGCAGCAGUUCGGACCAGCAGCAGCUCGAAAGCUGGAACCGGAGCUGGUGAAGGAGCAGUUACCCUUCCCGUUUCGGAUUGGAGGUGUUCCUCGUCGUUUCUUGGCUCUUCUCUCGUUCUUGGCAUCGUUUCUGAGGAGCCCUGAAUCCCUGAUAUUGCGCGAAUUGCAGGAGAGGAAGAAGGUUCCUGAGAUCUUGCUCGCCUCGCCUGGCCGCAUUGCAGGGGGGAAGAACCAGAUGCGGAAUUGAGCUCCGGGGAAUGGAGGAAUCGAGGCCGAGGAGGGCGCCGGCGAGGAUCCGGGCCGUGCCGAUCGCCGUCACGCCGGAGGGGUUCUGGUGCUGCCCCUCGCCGGCGGCGCUGCACAAGAGCCUCAAGAACCCGCACCACCACCACCACCACCACGGCAGCAACAAUGGCGGCGGCCACGGGAAGCAGCCGCGCAAGAUCCCGUCGGCGCCUCCGUCCAAGGCGCCCUCCGUGCAGACAGCGCCGUCCGUGGCCGACGAGUCGGGCCGCCGGGAAGGCGCCGGCGAGCAGGACGCGCCGGCGGUUGAGGCGGCGGCGGCGGAUGGACGGGAGGAGCCGGCCGGCGGUGGUGAGGCUCAGCUGCAGCAGCACGAGAUCUGCGUCGGGUUUGGGCAGCCUGAGACGAGCGACCUGACGGUGAUGCUGUAUGGCAAGGAAGGGAUUGCUGUCAGGAUGAACGUGCAUAGGGAUGUUCUCUGCGGAAGCAGCGCAUUCUUCGCCGCGAAGCUCUCCGGCGGCGGCAAUGGUGGCCCUCCGGUGCCCUCUGUCGAGAUACAUGACUGCGACGAUGCAGAGAUCUAUGUGGAGACCGUCGGGCUGAUGUACUGCGACGAGGCGAAGCACAAGCUGCUCAAGCAGAACGUGUCGCGUGUGCUUCGCAUCAUGAAGGUUGCUGAAUCACUUGGUUUUGAGGCCUGUGUCAAGUCAUGCCUGGAUUAUCUGGAAGCAGUCCCUUGGGUCGGUGAGGAAGAAGAUAACGUUGUGUCAUCGAUACGGCAUCUUCAGAGCAAGGCUUAUGGAGUUAGCCCUUUACUGAAAAGAGUUGCUUCUGACAGUCUGAACUCACCAGCUGAUACUUUGUCUCAUAUUAUGGAGAUGGUCUUGAAGAGCAAUGAUGACAGGGGGCGUCGGGAGAUGAAAGCCUUAGUUCUGAAUCUUCUCAAGGAUAGCAACCGUUGCACGGAUGGUACGUCAGACAUCUGUUCUGAAUUAUUUCACAGUUCAUGUCAAGGUUGCAUAGACAGACUUAAGCUACUCUUCGCGGAAGCAUCUGAAGCAGGUUUUCCUUCUCAAGUUACAAGGCAAAUAACCCUGGAGACUGACAAUCUCCUCUGGUUGGUCGAGAUAUUGGUUAACCAACGGAUUUGUGAUGAUUUUGUGGUCAUGUGGGCAAGCCAGAGUGAGCUUGCAUCAUUACAUGCAAAAUUGUCAGUUGCCUCUCGCCACGCAGUUAGCUGUAUCACAGCGAGGCUUUUUGUUGGGAUUGGAAGAGGAGAAAUGCUUCCAUCCAAGAACACUCGUCUUCUUCUCCUGCAAGUCUGGCUGCAAGCACUCAUCGAUGACUACUCAUGGCUACAAUGCAGCUGCCGGUCAUUUGAUAGGAAGCUUGUUGAGGAAGGGAUUGGGCAAACAAUCCUAACACUUCCUUUGGAAGACCAGCGAUCUAUAUUACUAUCAUGGCUCGGGAGAUUCUUGAAGUUGGGUGAUAACUGUCCAAACUUGCAGAGGGCAUUUGAGGUAUGGUGGAGAAGGACUUUCGUCAGACCUUAUGUCAAUCAGGCAAGAGAUGGUGGAUGGAUGAACUUGCAGUUCGAGGUUGCUGGGGGUAUGGUCAGGAUAAAGAAAGGAGCUAUCAGCUACCAAUGACCAUGCCUGUGUACAUCAACUUCAGUGGGACACAAAUGCUCUCUGUGUCAUGGAAUCAGUGGAAGCUACGCCUGAGAGAUGUCAUGGAAAGCGACACAAUUUAGUAUUUAGGGAUGGUGACGAUGCUGACAUGUUUUUCUUAAGCAUCAUUGUCGAUGACUCAUGAGGUAUGUGUGGUCUGAUUGUAUUUCAUGGAAUCUGAAACAAGUGUAAAUCCCUCUCUCGAGAUCGGUCAGGGCUUGUUUCGAAUGCAAGAUUUUUUCCAGAAAACAGUUCAAUUCCUGCCCGAACCAAAAGAGAUUGUCAUGUUCUGAACAGGCAAACAGGGCCUCGGCUUCUUUGAUAAGCUAAAAAUAUCAGAAUUAUCCAGAAAAUA